UUUCUCUUCUUUUCCUCUCUGUCAUCGGAACAAAUCAGUUCGUCAGAAUGCUCUCCGUUUGCUUUUCUCCGAUCGAAGCGACUCUAGCGAUUUUUUCCUGCGAAAAUUUUAGCUGAUUCUGGUACUGCAUAUCUGGAUUUCGGGAGGAAUUUGGCGUUUUUAGUUUGGAAAUUUCUUAAGAGAGAGAGGAAGCUAGGGUUCAGAGAUGGAACUGGCAUCUCAGAGUAUCGAUUCCACUCAGAUUUUUGACUCCUGGCCGAAAUGUCCCCCGUCUACGGAUGGUUAUUUCGACGGCGAAGCCUUCUUGGAUUCCAUCCUGAAAGACGACAAAUCUGAGUUUGUUUCCCACGCAAAACGUUUCUUCGUCGGAGGAGACUUGGAAUCCCAGAGAAGCGAGGCUUUGAAGCUGCUCAACGCUUGCUGCCGUUACGAUUCUCUCAGCUGCGCUUCAUCCGUCAUCAACGGAAACGUCGGAACGGUUCCGUACAUCAACGAUGUGGCUGCCGAUACGGGGCACUCGCCGUUGCACACGGCCGCUGAGGCUGACGCGCCACGGUGUGUCGAGAUGCUGCUUAAACGACGCGCUCGUACGGAUAUCAGAAGCAAGGACGGACUCGCUUUGCUUCCUCUGGAGCUAUCUCUCUCCAACGGCAGCCUGGAUGUGAGCUGGAAUCCAAAUGGUGACUCCAUUGGAGACUUGAUCCUUCUGCUUGGUGACAAGGACUUGACGGUGGUGAGACUGCUUGCUGAAAAGACCAAGGAAGUGCACGUUGUGGCACAUACAUACGCCAGGGCUGGUGCAAUAUCCCCUUUGACUGCAUUGCUGAUUGUAGCAAUUGACAAGAUCAGAGACGCAACUGUAGCAUCACAAGAUGAUGAUUCUGUGUGGACAAAACCGAAAACAACGAUCUACGAGUCUGUUAUUCAAGAAGCGCUGUGCAGUAACAGCCAGAAAAGAAUGUUUUUGCUUCGGGAGAUUGUGCUUCUUCAGCUCUUUGGUGCUGCAGUUUUUAGUGAAUCUGUGGAUAAGCAAACCUCACCGCUUUUCUCCAUUGUACAGGCAGGAGAUGAAGCUGUUCUUGAACUGAUUAUGAACACGGACAUUGAUGUUAACGAAACAGAUGCAGAAGGGAAUACUGUUCUUCAAUUCAGCCUAAAGGGAUCAUCUGUGCCACAUAAGCAGCAAACCAGAAUCAUGAACCUGCUUAUUGCACACGGCGCCCGAGUAACCCAAAGGAACAAGUUGGGUUUAUCUGCAGCCCACUUUGCUGCUGCAAGUGGCAAUUUAUCUGCACUUGAGGUUCUAGUUGCGGCCUACCCUGAGUUGGUUCACACCAAGACAGUAAUCAGAGAGACGCCACUGUUCUUUGCAGUGAAGAAUAACCAUCUUAAGUGCGUAGAGUUGCUUCUUCAAUGCGGAGCAAGUACAGGAAUUCAUAAUCUACGAAAACAGAGACCAAUAGAGCUGACACAGUCACAAGAUAUACGAUUCCUCCUUAACCCAACAAAUAUCAGCUGCUUUAGCAAAGAAACAGAACUUGCGCAGUUGCAUAGUGCUGCAACUCCAGCAAAAGGAGAUGGUGAAGAAACCAGUUUCGUCGGCAAUUCCGUGCCACCAUGGCUCAAAAAGUUCGCAAACUGGCUUCCUCGGUACCUCCGAGACGUAUCAGACAACUGGAGAGAAACUGGAUAUCCCCUCUCAUCACUCAAAGCCGAUUUCCGGGCUGUUUUUGGCAUGGAACUCGAUCAUGCCUCUCUUGGUUUUCCAAAGCUCAUCGACUUCAUCAAAUCUCUUCCAAAACUCUGUGAAAUUAAAUCCGUCCUCACAGGUAAAUCUGGACCAGCAACACACUGGGUGAUGUUACCCACCAAGUGUUCUCGGCUCAAAGGAAGACCUCCAGAGCCACUCAUCAUCAAAAGCAAUGACUCUCUCUCCCCCAACAAGCCGAAAGCCUCAUCACCUGCAGCUCUCAAAUUCAUACAACAAACACACGACUCUAAAACCUUGAAGGCAAUUCUCAACAAUGACUCUCUCUCCCCCAGCAAACCGAAAGCCUCAUCAACCCCAGAACUUAUAUGCAGUGGCAGCUUCGUACAACAAGCACAUGACUCUAAAACCUUAAAGACAGAACCAGAACCCCAACCUCCCUUGGCUGCAUCUUACAGCAACUAUCAUCAAUUAAAAUAUCUGCUUCAAAAGACAGCUUCAUACAGCAGCCACAUACAACGACCACAAGUAUCCAAAACCUUGAAGCCAGAACCUACCUUGGAUGCUUCCUACAGCAAUCAUCAUCCACUAAAACAUCCGGUUCUGGAAACACUUGCAAGGAUCAGAAACAACACAUCCAUGUUCUUUCUCCGCGAGUUCGACUUUUAUCAAAGCUAUGAGACGUGUUUAAGGCAAGGAAUGUGUUUCUGGUGCAACGAGAGCAUGCUUCUAUGGGCAAACUUCCCAUGUAGACACAAACUCUGGUGCAGCUCUUGUAAACAAAAGAUUACUCAAUCUGCAGGCGGGAGCCUUGAAGAGCACCACAGGUGUGUGGUAUGUGACGCCAAAGUCGAGCAUUUCAUCUUAUCUCCACCGUUUGGGUUCGAUCAUCACAGGCUUUCAAGUGGUCUCUCUAACGACGCUGAGUUAGCCACAUCGUUCCAUCAAUUUCUGAGUUUAAUGAAUUCGAUGAAGAAGUAACGGACCAUUUCAUUGCUCGGAUACGUCUGGGAGAUAGAGAAAGAAAGAAACUUACCCAACAAAACUAUUGUGUGGGUGAGUGGAUUUGACUAUAUUGCCUUUUGCUUAACAAAUAAACGAACCAAAUAAAUCAGAUGAAAGCUCUUGUUAAUCUCUUUUUAACAAGUACAAAGUACAUAUAUGGAAUGGCUCAUUUGUGGUGCCUGCCCUCUCUAUCUUAUCCAAAUUCCAACUAACUAAUAACGAACUUCUAACGUAUAAUACCAAUAACGCU